CGCAUUCACGGGGGUCUUUGAAUGGCAACUUUCUUACAUUGUAUGCCAGAGAGGCUCCGUCGAUUUUCUUCAUUUUAGAAACAGAAUAUCGUCAUAUUCCGAUCACCGGAAAACUUUUCUGGUGAUCGGACCCCCCGCCACACCGUCGUUUCUAUAAACGAUGAAUUCACCGGAGCCAAUAGAGGAGGAACCAACAACCAACAGCGAAUAUGAGGGGAAAAGGGUUUCUGUUGGUUAUUUAUUCUUCCGAGGCUGUAUUGCUCUUUUAUUGUCGAUAUUCUUUUUGGCUUUAGUUGCGUUUAAGCUUGUGGUUUUAGCGGUGAUCUUCAGCAACCUCUCGAUCUCGUAUCCAAUUUCCGUUCCCUGCCAGUGCAAGAUAGUUUCCAGCAGUGUAGAUCUUAAAUCAGCAAAAGUAUGUGAACUUGGACUGCUGAAUUAUAAAGCAAAGCAUGUCUUUUAUCCAUCUGAGAAGAAGAAAUUCAGAUGUCGCUAUGAUUACUAUUGGGCUUCUGUAUUUGAGGUUGAAUAUACAGAUCACUCUGGUCAUCCUCAUAUUGCAUUUGCAGAAGCUCCUAAUGAGGCCCUUCCACCCAAUUGCAGACCCUCUUUCAACGCUGCCUGGAUGGCUAAAGAUAAAUUCAAGGUGAAUGAAACUUAUGAUUGUUGGUAUACUUUGGGAAUUUCCAAAUUAAACUUAUAUUAUGAUGAGUUUUUUAAUUGUCAAGCUGAUCACCCAUCGAUGAUGGAGAUGCUUAAACGAUAUCUUAUCCUGUCAACAGAGAUGUUGAUGACGUGGCUUUCUCAAACGGGUAGAGCACAAGGGAGGCGGUUUAGAUGGGAGGUUGUAUUUGGAGCAAUUACCGGGUUCUUAACAUCCUUAAUCACCAUUGCUUUGGCAUAUUGUUCUUUUGUGAGUUGGGUAGCGAUUCAGUAUUGGGGAAAGCUUGGACUAUUGGAUGUAUUUGAUGGUUAUAAAUAG